AUGCCCGGAUCGUCAAUGCCGGGGUGGGAAACCGCCCUAAAUGCCGGUGAUCGCUGGGAAGUAGUGGCUUAUAUCAAGACCUUCAACGAUGGGUUUAAAGAGAGUGAAACACCGCCACGGGAAAUCAGCCUUGAAGGUAAAAUCUCUUACGCCGAACAGAGCGUCGAAACCGGAAAGGGACUUUAUACUGAACUCGGUUGUGUGGAAUGCCACGGUAACGUUGGACGCGGGGAUGGCACGUCGGCUCCCACGCUGACUGACGAAUGGAGCUUUCGGACGUGGCCCGCAAAUCUGACCCAAGGUUGGAAUUUUCGCGGUGGUGCUGACACCGAAGACAUCUUCAAGCGAUUCAUCGGCGGUAUCGCCGGGUCACCCAUGCCCGCAUUUGAAGGGGAUAGUUUCCUGCAUUUUGGAUUGACAGCAGAAGAAUCCAAACGCCUCACCGAAUUGGAAAACAAAGACGAAAUGACGGAGGCAGAGGAAGAGGAAUCCGGGCAGUUUUAUGAAAAAAUGGACACCGCUGUUGACAUCGCACUCAAUCGAACGGAAGGCACAGAGUUGAGUGUAGCUGAGCAGCAAACGUAUGAUGACGCGAUGAAAGUCGUCUAUGAAAAGAGUUGGCAUUUGGCGAACUACGUUAAAUCGCUUGCGCCUGAAAAACGUCCUGACGCGGCGAUUGGGAAUAACGCCCUCCGCUCUCAAUACGUUCAAGGCGAGUUGCCGGGAAUGGAGGAUGACGCGUGGGAAACGCUUCAAUCCAGGCACUUCCCCCUUGUGGGGCAAGUCGUCAUCGAACCUCGACAGUUUAACCCAACAAUUGAUUCCGUGAACAUCAAAUCGUUUUACAAUGAUACAGAGGUCGUAUUCCUUUUCACAUGGGACGAUCGGACGCACACGACUGGUGACGAAACGGAUGAAACGACAGGUAAACCCCGUUGA